AUGCAUUCCACGGCCUCGUCCGCGUGCGCGGCACUGUUGGCUCUGGCCAGCAUCGGCAGUGCUGACCACAGCGCCUCGUCUCCCUCGGGCUCCGGCUAUCACGACGGCGCAGGGGUGCUCCAGCACGUCAAUCCACUCGUUGGCACCAAUGGCGGUUCCCCCAACGACAAUGGCGGCAUGAUUCCCUCCAUCGCCCCGCCCUUUGGCAUGACGCGCUGGACGCCGCAGACGCGCGAGAACUUCAUUUCCCAGGUGCCGUACUCGGACAGAGACCGCCGCGUGCAUGGCUUCCAGGCAACCCAUCAGCCUGCCAUAUGGAUGGGCGAGCAAGGCCAGAUGGUGCUCAUGCCCGGCCUCAACAGCGACGGAGAAGGCGGCGUCCAUGUCGCCUUUGAGAAGCGAGGGCUCGCCUUUCGCAAGCAAGAUGAGCGGAGCACGCCGUACGUCUACGAAACCCUCUUGGACGCAGCCACCGCAGGAACGUUUGGGUGGAACCUCACCGAGCAGGCGGCGUCGGAGCAAUUCGGCUCAGCGUGUCCACCGUGUCCCGGCGGUGGAGCCCCGGUUCCGGACGCGGUGUCAGAGGGAGCCAACGGACGCGUCCGGAAGCGACAACUCCUGGGCCAUGACCUAGCGCCGGAUGCCCGAGAUCAACCCUCGGCUGACAAUGGCACGUCGCAGGAAUACGACCGUGGCAUUCGCGUGGCGAUGAGUGCGACGGCGCACACUGGCCACCUUCGCUUCGACUUUGAACAAGGCGACGCGCACGAGCCGUAUCAGCCCUUUGUCGUUGUCCAGGCCAGCCGGCUCAACUGGACGGGGCAUGUCGAGAUUGAUCCGCGCCGGCGCGAGGUCUCUGGCAGCAACACGCAGCGGCAGGACUACGCCCUUGGGCCAGAUCGGCCCACGUCAUUUAGGGGCUACUUUGUCUCUCGCUUCUCGGCACCAUUCUCUUCCCACGGCAUUGCACGCGGCAACGAAACCGAGCACGGCAAGCGUCUGGCCAAGGGCAAGAACAUGGCUGCAUAUGUCACCUUUGACAGGUCGGUGCGCCGCGUCGAGGUACGAACCGGCGUGUCCUUUGUCAGUGUCGAGCAGGCCCGGCGAAACCUUGACCUGGAGAUACCAGACGGCAAGUCGUUCGAGUCAACUGUGCAAAAGACCAAGUCCGCAUGGCUCGAGAAGCUGGGCCGUGUGGACAUUUCGGGUGUCAACAAGACCAACGCGGACCACGAUGCACGCACAAUCUUCUACACGGGUCUUUUUCAUGCUCUGCAAUAUCCCAGCGACUUCUCCGAGCCAACAAGCUCGGCAAAACAUGGUGGGAAGCGACGUUUCUACAGCGGCUACACGGACAGCGUGCACGAGGAAGGCGACUCGUAUUACCAGUCCUGGUCCAUCUGGGACACGUAUCGCGCCGAGCACUCGCUGCUCACGCUGUUUGCGCCGGAGCGCGUCGACUCCAUGAUGCGCUCCCUACUUCGCAUUUUCGACUGGUCCGGUCGUCUGCCCAUCUGGGCCAAUGUCGUCGAGACAAAUAUCAUGAUUGCAACGAAUGCUGAUGCCGUACUGGCCAACGCCCUCGCGCGCGGGUUUCGCGGCUUCGAUGUUGCGAAGGCGUGGCAGGCUGUCCGCAAGAACGCCUACGAGCCGCCCGAGCGCGACACGGAGCUUUUAUACUACGAUCGCGAGCCCGACACGCCCCACGAGGCUCGCGCCGGCCUCACGAGCUACAUGCGGCACGGGUGGGUGGACAAUGACGGCUGGGCCGAGGCGGGAAGCCGGACCCUCGAUUUUGCCUUCAACGACCACGCGGCGGCGGCCGUGGCAUCGCACGCGGGCGACAACGCUUCGGCAAAGGAGCUAUACGCUCGUAGUGGCAACUACGCGCACCUCUGGAACAAUGCCACCGAGUUUAUGCAGAGCCGCAACGCCAACGGCAGCUUUGCCAAUGACGAGUGGGGAUGGACCGAGGGCGACAAAUGGGUGUACACGUUUGACGUGAUGCAUGACGUGUUGGGUCUCGCGGGGCUAUUCCGCCAUGGCAAGGCAGGCAUGAAGCGCAAGCUGGAUGAGCAUUUCGCUGGCGGCCACAACAUGCACAGCAACGAGCCGUCGCACCACGUGCCAUACCUGUACGCGACGCUGGGAUACCCGGCCGACACAGCGGACAAGGUGCGGGAGAUUGCCUGGCGAGAGUACAACGCCACCGCGGCCGGACUGAGCGGCAACGAGGACCUCGGCCAGAUGAGUGCGUGGUACGUGCUUUCGGCGCUGGGGUUCUACCCCGUGAACCCAGCGUCGGACGAAUACAUUAUUGGAACACCGUUCUUCGAUCGUGUGACGAUUCGUGUGCCUGCCGUGCCUGGCGGGCCCGCGGAGCACGAGCUCGUGCUAUCGGCGCCCGGUGCGGGCACCGGCGGGAAGGCGUAUAUCAAUGGUCUGAAGCGGGAUGGAAAGGCGGUGGAGAGGCCGGUGCUGAAACACGGAGACAUCGUCCGGGCGAAGAAACUUGACUUUGAGAUGAGCUCUCAUCCGACCAAAUGGGGAGAAAGGGGAGCAAAAUGA